GAUGGAAAUUCAAAAAAUGAGGGACUCUCCUCACAAAUAGCGCUCUGUCCGAGGACCGACGAGGAAACUGGGCUAAUCUUCGUCAUCAACGAGCUCGCUGGUCUGAGAAGAAAACCCUAGGACUUUUCCCAGCUCGUCCAUGGCUUUUCCUCAACACCAUUUCGACACGCAGACGCAGCUUCAGCUACAACAAUCCGAUCCCUUUAGCAACAGGAAUUUAGGUCCGAUGGACGGCCAGAUUUCGCCGCCGGUGGGGUAUUACGCGCCCAACAAUCUGCAAGAUCAGUCUCAGCAUCCUCCUUACGUUCCCCCUUUUCAUGUUGUCGGGCUUGCUCCGAUUCCAGUCCCUGGCACAGAUGGCACUGAUGGCGGGCAUGAUUUGCAAUUCAACUGCGGGUUGGAGACAAAUAGGAAAAAGCUGAAGGAGCAAGAUUUCUUUGAUAACAAUUCACAGAUAUCGUCCCUUGACUUCUUGCAAGCACGAUCUGUCUCGACAGGUCUAGGUUUGUCCUUUGAUAAUAACAAGAUGGUGUCUUCGGGAGACUCAGCCUUGUUGUCUCUCCUCAUAGACGAUGUUGAUCGUGAAUUACGCCAACAGGAUGCAGAGAUCGAAAGAUUUCUCAAACUUGAGGCUGAGCGGUUGCGACGAAAUAUUUUAGACAAGAUUCAGUCGAGCCAACUUCAGCACCUCUCCUUAUUGGAAGAUAAGGUUCUCCAGAAACUUCGCGAGAAAGAAAAUGAGCUCGAGAUAAUAAACAGGAAGAACAUGGAGCUCGAACAACAGGUGGAACAACUGACUGUGGAAGCUGGUGCUUGGCAGCAACAAGCCCGUUACAAUGAGAACAUGAUCUCUGCACUCAACUAUAACCUUCAAAAGAUUUACGCACAGAGCCGAGACAGUAAAGAAGGAUGUGGAGACAGCGAGGUCGAUGAUACUGCUUCCUGCUGCAAUGGCCGUGCCACGGAUCUGCACUUGCUCUGCAAAGAGAACGGUGAGAAGAGGGAUACGAUGUUGUGUAAGUUUUGCAGAGUGAAUCGAGUUUGCAUGCUGCUGUUACCUUGUAAGCACUUGUGUGCGUGUAGAGAGUGUGAGAGUAAGCUUAGUUUCUGCCCGCUGUGUCAAUCCUCAAAGUCUGCGGGUGUGGAGGUAUUUAUGUAAUAGCAUUGUUAUGUAAAGAAUUAACAAUAUAUCUUAGAAAUCAUUUAUCCCCUUGGAGCUCAUCUC